CAUAUGAGGAUCAAUCUCCGGCUGCUAUGGCCUGGGGUGUUUUUGGUCCUUUCUGGAUUGUCUCAAGUUGGGCAUUCCCAGUAUCACAGCCCCCCAGAAGUGGUGAUUCCCUUGAGGUUAACUGGAACUGACAGAAGUAUGAAGGCUCCAGGUUGGAUCUCCUACAACCUGAACUUUGGGGGCCAGAGACACAUCGUGCACAUAAAGGCCAAGAAGCUGUUAGUGUCCAGGCAAUUGUCUGUGUUCACCUACACAGACCAGGGUGCUCUCCUUGAAGACCAUCCUUUUGUCCAGACUAACUGCUAUUAUGAUGGCUAUGUGGAGGGGGACUCGGGAUCUCUGGUUUCCUUCAGUAGUUGUUUUGGGGGCUUUCAAGGACUACUACAAACAAAAGACAUUACUUAUGAAAUCAAGCCCAAAAGAUUCUCUCACGCAUUAGAACACCUGGUAUAUAAAGUGGACAGUGAGGAGGCACAAUCUCAACCCCUGCAAUGUGGCUUAACAGAAGAGGAAAUUGCAAGACAGUUAAAGCUUCAAGAGAGUGAAAAUUCCACUCUGACGCAAAGCACCAACCAUGUCUGGUGGACCCGCAAGUGGUUUAUUGAGCUGGCAGUGGUGGCAGACUAUAAUCUAUUCCUUCAUUGCAACCGUAAUAUCUCAAAAGUGCAGGAGACUGUUUUCGAUAUUAUCCAUAAAGUUGAUUCAAUUUAUAGCCCAUUGAAUGUUGAAAUCACUUUAUUAGCACUUGAAAUUUGGAAUGUAGAAAACCCAUUUCCACUUAAUAGCUCAUCUAAGAUGCUAGAUGAUUUUUGCAAUUGGAAGAAAAUUAGCUUUAAUUCUCGUGUGCACCAUGAUGUUGCAAAUCUUUUCACAAGGAAGAGACUUGGUUUUGCUGUUGGCUAUUCUUUUGUUGAUGGAACAUGUAGACUCUCAUAUAAUUGUGAAGUUUCAAGUUUCACAAGUGAUGAUUUGAACUUUUUUGCAUUUGUUGUGGCACAUGAAAUUGGUCACUCUUUGGGUUUAGCGACAGAUACUACAUGGUGUACAUGUGGGAGAAAAAGAUGUAUAAUGUCUGCAACAGGAAUAAGUACAACUAAAUUCAGUAAUUGCAGUUAUGCUGAUUUGGGGAGAGUGAUUACAAAAAAGACAUGUUUGCUCAAUGUACCAAAUCCAGGGGACAACUUCAUCUGGAAACGCUGUGGGAAUGGAGUAGUUGAAGAAGGAGAGCAAUGUGAUUGUGGAUCCUCAGAUAAUUGUACAAAAGAUCCCUGUUGUCAGUCAAACUGCACUCUGAGUCCUGGGGCUGAUUGUGCUUUUGGGCUUUGUUGCAAAGACUGCAAGUUCAUGCCAGCAGGAAAAGUGUGUAGGCAACAGGCCAAUGAAUGUGAUCUUCCAGAGUGGUGCAAUGGAACAACCCAUCAGUGCCCAGAAGACGUAUAUGUGCAGGACGGGAUCCCAUGCACAGGAGGGGGCUACUGCUAUGAAAAGAGAUGUAAUAACCGUGAUGAACAGUGUCGGCAGAUUUUUGGGAAAGAGGCAAAGAGUGCAAGGAAGAUAUGCUAUGAAGAAAUGAACACCCGCGGUGAUCGAUUUGGUCACUGUGGUACGAGUGUCUCUACAUAUGUAAAAUGUAAUAUCUCUGAUAUCCUGUGUGGGAGAGUUCAGUGUGAGCAUGUGAGAGUAAUUCCUCUUCUGAGAGAGCAUUCUACUGUACAGGUGAUGCACCUCGAUGGUGUCACCUGCUGGGGCACAGACUAUCAUUUUGGGAUGACCAUACCAGAUAUCGGUGAAGUGAAAGAUGGCACAGAGUGUGGACCAAAUCGUAUCUGCAUCCGCAGGAAGUGUGUAAGUAUGUCUAGCCUCAAAAGUUAUUGUUCACCUAAUACGUGCAGAGAGAGGGGAGUCUGCAACAACAAAGGUCAUUGCCACUGCAGUUAUGACUGGGCUCCACCACACUGCCUGAUCAAAGGUCGGGGAGGGAGUCUUGACAGUGGCCCACCCACUGACAGAUCAGAGCAAAAAAAGGAGAACAUAGCAAGUUUCCUGUCACUAUUUGUGCUGCUCCAUGUCUUUGUUUUAUGGUUCUGUUUGUUAAUUGUUCUUUAUAAGAAGUACAAACACAAAAAAAAGAAGAACCAACUUCAGUCUGAAUCUAAGAAAGAAGAACCACCAUUUUCAAUUUCAGAAAAUAAAGAUGAGCCAGCAUUUACAAGUCCAGAAAAUAAACCCAAUUCCUAA